CUGCAUUCAAAACAGUUGUAUUAUGAUGCAGGAGAUGUAUUGAGCUACCUGAGAACAUGGCAAGUAUUGAGGGGAACAAAUUCUCAUUUAUCAGAGAAAAGGUUGACUCGCUAAAAGUACAUUAUGACAAAGAAGGAAUUCAAGGAGUUGCCAAACGCUUGAAGUCGCAGUUAAACGAAUGGAAAGAUGUUGUUCUAAAAAUAGCCGUGACAGGGAGAGCUGGGACAGGCAAAUCCUCCUUUAUCAACGCCUUAAGGGGUAUUACCGCCGAUGACGUAGAUCAUAAUCCAGCUGCCGUCAAUGUUGUAGAAUGUACACCAGAAGUUCAGGAGUAUAAAUACCCAGGGAAUGACAACUUUUUGCUCUAUGAUUUACCGGGCUUAGGAACACCUCAAUUUUAGAAAGAAACUUACCUGGAUGAUGUGAAUUUUGAUCAAUAUGACUUCUUCAUAAUAGUAAUCGACACUCGAUUCAUGGAACAUGAUCUUUGGCUAGCAAGUAAGGUUGAAGAAAGUGGAAAAUUAUUCUACUUCGUUCGUUCAAAAAUAGACAACGACAUGCAAAAUGAUAGGAGGGCCCAUCCAAGAACGCAUAACGCGGCUUCUAAGAUUGCAGAAAUCAGGCAGAACCUUGAAAAACACCUUACCACAUUUCGAAGAAAGGAAAUUUACCUUAUAGACAAUUACGAUACACAAGCCUACGAUUUUGGAGCUUUAGCAAGAAAAAUGAUUGAGGACUCGUGCGGAAUUAAACAAGAUGUGUUGGCUUUAUCAUUGGCCUGUCUUUCAAGGGAGGUUAUAGAAGCCAAAAGGAAAAGUCUGAAACGCAUGAUUCCACUACAUGCUUACUUCGCUGCUGCAUUUACCCAAGUUGUGAAUUUAAGCCUUACUUCUCAAAAUCCAAAUGAUUAUAUUUCACAUGAGAUCGAAUACUAUGGGAAGGAGUUCGGAGUCGACACCAGUUCAUUGACUAAAGUAGCAAUGGUUUGCGAUUUAGGAGAUGAUAAAAAAGAAACUGUAGAGGAGUUGAUGUCCUCUCAUAAUAAAUCUAUGUCAAAUUAUCUGCGACAGUCAAUAUUUCAUAUGAUUAACUACAUACCUCUCGUUGGUAGCAUUUCAAUGUUUAUUAGAUAUUCAAAACACUUGAAGAAAUGCCUUGAUGAUACAGCGGAACGAGCGAUUGAAGUACACUGUGUCCUAACAGAAAAUCUCGCAAAGAAACAUGUUUCUUAACAGAUUCUGACUGAUGUUGGGAGAAUACGUAUAAACUAUUGUAGCAGAAAUGAUAUCUUCAAGUACAUACCUGUCAGUAUAUUGUUAUUUCAACUGGUAUACAGCCACCUUAAAUCAAUUGUGCAUUCUAUUUUUACUUAAACCAGUUUUCAGUACAUUUUCUUCUUAAAAGUCCAUGCCAUAUAUUGAUACUGCUUUAUAUACAUGUUUAAUGAUGGUGACUUUUUCUAUAUCUUAUUUAAAUGAUGUUUUGUACCUAUUGGGACUUCACAAGCUUAGUAAUUAGUAAUUAGGUGAUAAAUACUUAUGUUUGCCUCCUAUUUGAGGGUCUUCUUAUUGUAGUUUUGCUUGCAUAUUGUGCCAUCUUUUAAAUAAUUGGUUUGCACCUUUAAACUAUCCAGUAUUAGACUGUAGCUUAAUUCAUAAUUUUUUCAUGAUUCUUGCUUUUUCACUGCUGUCGUCAGGGCAGGGUUGGUCAAUAAUUCUAAUAUUUCAAUUUACCAUAUUGAUUGUGUACAUGGUUUCUAGAACUUUCAUAACUUUUACAUUACUUUUACUAUGACCCCCGUUUUUGGCGGGAAUGUUAGGCUAAUAAAUAGGCAGGUUUGCAUAUCAGUGGUUUUGUUCUGUGUUUGGUCGCCGAAACGAAAGGUAGUGUUUACCUCCUUUCACUGACCUGCCUGAACCACUCCCCCUCUCUCUCUCCCCAGAUAUUAUAUUAGGAAAUUUUAGUUGCUUAUUUUUGGGGUUUUGUAAUUGAGAAAUUGUUAUUAAUGAGUUGUAAAAUUUGAACAACUUAGAAAGGGUAACCAAUAAAAGAAAGUGUGAACUGUG